UGCUUAGCUUUCCGUAUUUUAUAACAUGGCCACCGUCAACAAGAAAGCGGGGCUUACGACCGCUGAUUUCGAAGUGUUCGGCAAGGUGCAAGGUGUUUACUUUAGGAAACACACCCAAAGGAAGGCAACCGAACUUGGAUUGAAAGGAUGGGUGAUGAAUACAGCUCAAGGAACCGUUAUUGGGCAACUGCAGGGACCCCAAGGAGCUAUCGAGGAUAUGAAGGCGUGGUUGCAAAAGGUGGGAAGUCCCAAGUCGAAGAUCGAGAAAGCAGCGUUCCGUAAUGAGGGACCUAUCAACAGCUGUGCGUUUAGAACUUUCGAAAUCCGGCGAUAAA